AGUUCCCUAAGACCAGUCCCGCCUUGCGCGCUCGUUUUGAGCCCGAGUGUUGAGCUCGACUUUGCGGACUUGAGAAUCGCGCGUAGAUUUUCCAGGACUAGGUUCUUGGCCAUGGGGGCAGGAAUGGCGCAGCUGGAGGGUUACUAUUUCUCAGCUGCGCUGAGCUGUACCUUUUUAGUGUCCUGCCUCCUUUUCUCUGCUUUCAGCCGGGCGCUGCGAGAGCCCUACAUGGACGAGACCUUCCACCUGCCGCAGGCGCAGCGCUACUGUGAGGGCCGUUUCUCCCUCUCGCAGUGGGACCCCAUGAUCACUACGUUACCUGGCUUAUACCUGCUAUCAGUUGGAGUGGUGAAACCUGCCAGUUGGAUCUUUGGGUGGUCUGAACAUAUUGUCUGCUCCAUUGGAAUGCUCCGAUUUGUAAAUCUGCUCUUCAGUGUUGGCAACUUCUAUUUACUGUAUUUGCUUCUCCGCAAGGUGCAACCCAGACACAAGGCUGCCUCGAGCAUCCAGAGAAUCCUGUCCACAUUAACAUUAGCAGUAUUCCCCACACUCUAUUUUUUUAACUUCCUUUAUUAUACAGAAGCAGGAUCCAUGUUUUUUACUCUUUUUGCCUACUUGAUGUGUCUUUAUGGAAAUCAUAAAACUUCAGCCUUGCUUGGAUUUUGUGGCUUCAUGUUUCGUCAAACAAAUAUCAUCUGGGCGGUCUUCUGUGCAGGAAACGUCAUUGCACAAAAGUUAACUGAAGCUUGGAAAACUGAGCUACAAAAGAAGAAAGAAGAGAGGCUUCCCCCUAUUAAAGGACUAUUUUCAGAAUUCAGGAAAAUUCUUCAGUUUGUUUUGGCUUAUUCCAUGUCCUUUAAGAACUUGAGUAUGCUUUUCCUUCUGACCUGGCCCUACAUCCUUCUAGUGUUUCUAUUUUGUGCUUUUGUGGUAGUUAAUGGUGGAAUUGUUAUUGGUGACCGGAGUAGUCAUGAAGCCUGUCUACACUUUCCUCAGCUCUUCUACUUUUUCUCUUUUACCCUUUUUUUUUCUUUUCCUCACCUACUGUCUCUUAACAAAAUCAGGGCUUUUCUUUGCUUAGUUUGGAAACGGAGAGUUCAGUUUUUUGUGAUUACUUUAGUCUCCAUAUUUUUAAUUUGGAAAUAUACUUAUGCUCAUAAAUACUUGCUAGCAGAUAAUAGACAUUAUACAUUCUAUGUGUGGAAAAGAGUUUUUCAAAGAUAUGAAAUUGUGAAAUAUUUGUUAGUUCCAGUUUAUAUAUUUGCUGGCUGGAGUAUUGCUGACUCAUUGAAAUCAAAGUCGAUUUUCUGGAAUUUAAUGUUUUUCAUAUGCUUAUUCACUGUUAUAGUACCUCAGAAACUGCUAGAAUUCCGUUACUUCAUUUUACCGUAUGUUAUUUACAGGCUUAACAUCCCUCUGCCGCCUACAUCCAGACUUGUGUGUGAGCUAGGUUGCUAUGCAGCUGUGAAUUUCCUAACUUUUUAUAUCUUUCUGAACAAGACUUUUCAAUGGCCAAAUAGUCAGGACAUUCAGAGGUUUAUGUGGUAAUAUCAGGGAUAUCUUGAACUCUAAAAAUAGACUUAUUAUUUAGGCUAUUUCUGUAAUGAAAACUAAGUAGAAAUUUUGGAAUUUCUUUUAGGCACCAUGGUGAUUCUCAGAUCACAUCAGUUUUUUUUGUAUUUUAAAUAUCAGAUAUAUGUAUUUUAAAUAUAUAUAUGUUGAAAAAAUAUAUGUGUAUAUCCCAAGGAAAUUAAAUGGUAAAGAACUGAGAAAAGUUUAAGAUUUGAUCCAUAAGCAUGAAUAAUGAUGAGAAAAUAAAAUUAUUCAUAGCUAUCUCAUGAUAUUUCUUUGAUACUGUUGGCCGCUCAAAAAGCUUGGAAACUUUUUAUAUACAAGUUUAAGAAAACUGGGCAUGCUUUAUAAUACUGGAACUUAUUUAUUCUCUUCAGAGAAAGUAGCAAAGUCUGAAAAAUAUUUACAAAUGUUUAGGUAAUAUUAUUGAUUGAAAAGUUGUUUAACAUUUUAGUAAAUAUAAUUUUAAUCAUAAGGUAAAAUACUCACAUAGAUAGUAAAUGUUAUAAAAUAGAGGCUCUUCUGUGUUUAUCUAGGAAUCAAGUUGUUGAUUUUUGUUAAAAAUCUAGAAAUGAUGAAGUCCUUUCACUGUUCCUGAUAUGAAAUAUAUGAUGGCCAAAGAUAAAUUAUGUUGAUGACAAUACCUUUUAAAAGGAAUUUUCUUUCUGAAAUACGCUAAUGUAUCAGUUUCCUGUGGCUGCCAUAACAAAUUACCACAAAUUUGUUGGCUUAAAAAAAUUCUCUUCACAGUUCUGAAGGCUAGAAGCCUAAAAUUGUGUCAGCAGUGCUAGUUACUUUUGGAGGCUGUAAAAGGGAAUCCAUUCCAUGCCUCUCCUACCUUCUACAGUCCGUGGUAUCCCUUGGUUUAUAGAUGUAUCACUCCAGUAUCUGUCUCUGUCUUCACAUGGCCUUCAUCCCUGUCUUCUUUCUCUUAUAAGGACAAUGUCUUUGGAUUUAGGGCCUACACUAAUCCAGGAUAACUGCUUGUCCAGAUCUUUAACUUAAUUAUGUCUACAAGAUUCUUUUUCCAUAUAAGGUCAUAUUUACAGGUUCCAAGUUGACCUUUUUGUGGAUUACUUUUUAACCCACCAAAGUUACCAAAGGAGAUUUUAAAAUAAACUUCAUAAAACUUUUAGAUCAUUUCUUUGCUGAGUUAUUUUAAAUAAAAUUGCAUCUUCUCUGAGAGGUAAAAAACAAGUGACUUACAAGGUCACAUAAUUAUAAAACUAAUGGUAACUGGUGUUUGAUUCCAUUAUCCAAAAAAAGUUAUAAUUUAAAGGAAGUUUAGAAAUUAUUUGAUCUAAUCUUAUUUUGUGGAUUAGGGAACAAAUGCUCAGGUAGGAACUGGGGGUCCUAAUUUUGGAUUCUGUGUCUGCUGUUUGGAGCACAUUCAUUGGGUUGUCAUACCCUCACAGAGAAGUAUUAUUUGGAUAUGUUAAUUUUGACAUGAAAACUUAGAACUCUGAAUAGAAUUCGUUUUUUAAUACAGUUUUACAUUUGUAAACUUUUCAGUAACUGUGUGAACCGUCUUCAGUGUUGGAUUAUGCUUUCUGUGGGUUUUAAAUAAUGAGUGGAUUUGGAAGGUACUGUUCAUUUGCAAAUAUAAAGUUGUGCACAGGUAAAAAUUACAAGUGUAGUCUUGAGUAAUAAAUACAUUUUUUUGUUAUACACAUUCUUUGGGGCCAAGUUGUACUCUAUUUAGUGCUUAGACAGUAGAUUGACUCUUUAGCUAUAACAAUGACUGUUUUUACUGAUUUUUUUUUACUUUGACAAGAAAGCACACUUAAAUAGUUAUUUUAUAAUGGAGGUAUGAAGUCAAAAUUCCCCCCCAAAAUGUGUUACUUAGGAAAAACAAAUUUCUUAUCUGAUACUAUUGGUGCAAGGCUUUUGUUUUUAGGCAUAUUUCUGAGACAAAAAACUUUUUCUUUCUAAUCUAGUCUGGCAAGAAUGGGGAAGCUGUUCUACCCUAUGGAUUAAAGGGAUCAUUGUUCUAAUUCACUUUUUUUCUUUUUUUUAAAUUUUUUAUUGAAAUAGUUUAUUUACAGUGUUGUAUUAGUUUCAAGUGUGCAGCAAAGUUAAUCAGCCAUACAUAUGCACAUGUCCACUCUUUCUGAGAUUCUUUUCCUGUAUAGGUCAUUACAGGGUAUUGAGUAGAGUUUGUGAUAUAUAAUAGGUCCUUAUUACUUAUUUAUUUUACAUAUAGUAGUGUGUAUAUGUCAAUCCCAAUCUCUGAAUUUAACCUUUCCUCUCUGGUAACUGUAAGUUUUUUUUUUCUACAUCUGUAACUGUAUUUCUGUUUUGUAAAUAAGUUCAUUUGUACCACUUUUUUAGAUUCCACAUAUAAGCGAUAUCAUAUUUGUCUUUCUCUGUCUGACUUACUUCACUCAGUGUGACAGUCUCUAGGUCCAUCCAUGUUGCUGCAAAUGGCAUUAUUUCAUUCUUUUUAAUGGGUAAGUAAUAUUCCAUUUUAUAUAUGUACCACAUCUUCUUUAUCCAUCCUCUGUCAAUGGACAUUUAGGUUGCUUCCAUGUCUUGGCUGUUGUAAGUAGUGCUGAAAUGAACAUUGGGGUGCAUGUAUCCUGUCGAACCAUGUUUUUUUCCGAAUAUAUGCUCCGGAUUGCUGGAUCAUAUGGUAGCUUUAUUUUCAGUUUUUAAAGGAAUCUCCAUACUGUUCUCCAUAGUGGCUGUACCAAUUAACAUUCCUACCAACAUUGUAGGAGGGUUCCCUUUUCUCCACGCCCUCUCUAGCAUUUAUUAUUUGUAGAUUUUUUUAAGCUUUUUAUUGGAAUAUAAUUGCUUUAUACUGUUGUGCCAGUUUCUGCUGUACAACAAAAUGAAUCAGCUGUAUUUAUACAUAUAUCCCCAUAUCCCCUCCCUCCCAGGACUUCUUCUCACCCUCCCUAUCCUGCCCCUCUAAGUCAUCACCCAUCACUGAGUUGAUCUCCCUGUGUUAUGCAGCAGCUUCCCACUAGCUAUCUGUUUUACUUUUGGUAGUGUGUAUAUGUCAAUGCUACUCUCUCACUUCGUCCUGGCUUCUCCUUUCCCCUUUCCCCAUGUCCUCAAGUCUGUUCUCUACAUCUGCAUCUUUAUUCUUGCCCUGUCACUGGGUUCAUCAGUACCAUAUUUUUAGUUUCCAUAUAUAUGCGUUAGCAUAAGGUAUUUGUUUUUCUCUUUCUGGCUUACUUCAUUCUGUAUGACAGACUCUAGGUACAUCCACCUCACUACAGAUAACUCAGUUUCAUUCCUUUUUAUGGCUGAGUAAUAUUCCAUUGUAUAUAUGUGCCACAUCUUCUUUAUCCAUUCAUCUCCUGAUGGGCAUUUAGGUUGCUUCCAUGUCCUGGCUGUUGUAAAUAGUGCUGCAGUGAACAUUGUGGUACAUGUAUCUUUUUAGAUUAUAGUUUUCUCAGGUAUGUGGGCAGCAGUGGGAUUGCUGGGUCAUAUGGUAGUUCUAUUUUUAGUUUUUUAAGGAGCCUCCCUUCUGUUUUCCAUAGUGGCUGUAUCAAUUUAUAAUCCCACCGACAGUCCAGGAUGAUUCUCUUUUCUCUACACCCUCUCCAGCAUUUAUUGUUUCUAGAUUUUGUGCUGAUGGCCAUUCUGACCAGUGUGAGGUGAUACCUCAUGGUGGCUUUGACUUGCUUUUCUCUAAUGAUUAGUGAUGUUGAGCGACUUUUCAUGUGUUUGUUAGCCAUCUGCAUCAAAUUCAUUUUUGAGUUGAGUCCCUGCCCUUUUAAGAGAUCUUUUGGAAUGCUGUAAAUUUAAAGGUGCUCUACAGUGUUGCUUUUAGAAACAUCCUGAAGUUAUAGGUAUUUUGAAUAUUUUUCAAGAGUUACCAAAUAGAUAUGUUUGACAUUAUUUUUUUAAAUAUUAGACUUAACUGAAUUUCUUAUUGGAAGGUAGUUCUUAAAAAAAACUAGUAUUGGUAAACUACAGAGCCUGUGGGGCCUUGCAGUUAUUGUUAUUAAAGUCUGUAAGUGGGAUUAUUUUAAAGAAUAUCAUAAAAAGACUUGGUUCAUAAGUUUUUUAGGCCCAGUAAUACAUCUGUUUGAACUUUUUCUACCUUAUAUGAAAUUCUGUAGGUUCAGAGUAUUAUCUUUAUAUACCAUUAGUAAGAUUCCAGUGUGCUGUGUUUCCCCACAUAUUAUUUAUAUUUUCUUUUCCUGGAUGCCUAGAAAUCUUUUCUCAUGCAUCUGUGUGUUUAAAUUAUUUGGAAAUACUGAUACAGUCAUUCCUGAGUUUAAGCAUAGCAUGUCAUUUGGCAAGAGAAAUUAUGUUAGCUUUCUGGUCUCUUCCUCCUCUUCUUAAAGUUAUUUCAGGAAUGUGCUUAGCCUGUCAUAAAGUACCUUAAUAAAAAUGGCUUAAUUCAGUGUAUUUCUAAUAAAUAAAUAGCUUAAGGUAGUGUAUUUCUAGUUUGAAUUCAACCACCACUGGACUUGACAAUUUUUUCUUUAUAAUUGUCUGAAGACUAGGAAAGGAGAGGAAAAGAGAUUCUCAAUUUUUAUUUAUAUCCUGUAAAUAGUGGACUGUUAUUUUAGACUCACUUUCAAGUAAAAUAUUUCUAUAAAGAAACACAUUCAAGUUCAUUAGAGAACAUUUUUUUAUUUUUAAAAUAAUUAAAAUUUCAUUAAAAAGUAAAACAAGAAAGAAGCAUCAUGCAAAUAAUAUGAAAAAGGUUUUUUUUUUUUUUAAUGGAAAUUUGAUUGUGACUUAGGAACCAUGGACUACAAAAAGUGUAGGAAUUUGCAUCUGAUUGUGGUUUUGGCAUCAAUAAGGCAAGUGGUUUAAUCUUUAGUUCUCCCUUCAAAUGAAAAUAGUAUUUGUCUUAAGUCAGUGCCUGGCACCUGUCUAGUCUUAUUUCAAAAAGAAUUCAGCCCCUGCUGAAUUCCAUAAAGUUCAUAAAUAUAUCAUAUAAUAGAUAUUGAGUAAAUGUAUGCUGAAUAAAGUUUCAUUAGUAUGGAAUGAAGUGAAUAUCCUAGGAAAAGUAUGAUAUAUAACCAUAAGCUAAUUUCAGGAGAUAAAUCACAUAUUUAAUAAUAAGAGACCUUCCAACCCUUUUUUGCCUAUGUUUCCUUACCUAGUUUUAAUGUUUUUUAAUUUAGUGUUUAAUACUUACACAUGUAUUUACUUGAAAAUAUGUGUUGUUUUUAUAAGAUGAUUUCAAAACUUGCUGUUUAUUUAAAAUAAGAAAAAUAAGUAACUAUCAACCGUUAAAUUAUAAGAGCAGCAGAAUUCCUGAUUGUUAUCAAACUUUUAAGGGAAAAGAGAUUUCAACCAAUUAUGAAUAUUUCAUAUUGUUUCACUUAGGCUGCAUUUUGCUACUUUAGGGAUAGCUUGUUAUUUAGGGUACUUUUUAAUGUAUUUAAAUGUUGACAGCAAGGCAAACAUUUCCUAUAUAUACUAAAACCUGUAUAGCUGAGAAAAUUAUAAAAAGAAUGGAUAGAUUGAGGAUAUAUUUGUUAACACAUAUUCCUGAAUCCAACACUAAAUUCUUUACUAUUUGGAAAUUAUUUCUAGCAUAAGAAAUUUUGUCAGAGUGAAGUUACCCAAUAAUAUCUUUAUAUUCGGCUUUUCAAAAAAUGAGCAUUUGAUGAAUUUGAUGUUAAUUUAAUUUGAACUCUGUAUCAGACCAAUAGAGAUGCUGUAUUUUUCUGAGGAGAAAAAUGUUACACAUUGCAUUCUUUUUUUUUCACAGAAGCUUGUCAGUUGAGUUCAGUUGAACCAUAUAUGUGUGUUUAUGGCACAUACAAAAUGAAGAAGAGGGAGGAAAAGUAAUAGUAACAAUAAUUGCUAUUAUUUAUUGAGCACCUGCAGUGCGCUAGGUGUUAUACUGGCUGAUUUACAAAUACUGUUUCAUUUGAUUUUAUUUAUAUGAGGCAGAUGUUGAUUUCUAUUUGACUGCUGGAGAAACUAAAAGUCAAGCAGAUCAGGUAACUUGCUGGAAGUCAACUACUUAAGAACAUAGAUUAGUGUGACUUCCGAGGCUGUGAGUUUUUGGCUGCUACUCUGCCUCACCGUGGAAAGGUUUUCCUUAAGAGAAGUAGAAUAUGGUCUACAUUAGCCAGACCAUUCAUGGCAUAUUGUUUUUUACAUUGGAUUUAGUCAUUUUUAGAAAUGCUAGAAACUGUUUAAAGGAGCAUGAACAGAUGAUGAGUGUUCAUAGAUUUGUUGAAAGGAAAUGGCUAAAAGAAUAUUUCACUUGGAAAAGCAGAGAUCCCAUAACUUGGUAAGAUCUCAUAGUUGAGGAAUAAUUAUUUGAAAGGAUUGGGCUAUUCACACCUGUAAAUCGAAGGCCAACAGAUUUCAACUCAUGAAAAACAUACAUUUUCUAAUUGUUUAGUCUCUGCAGGGGAAUGGACCCAGAAAAAAAGUAAGUUUACCUACACUAACUGGAGCCAAGAUUCUGUUUAUCAAGGAUGUUUCAGAAUAGAUUCAGAUAGAAAGUAGGUAGAAUAAAAUGGCUUUUUAAGAUACCUUAUAAAACUGUGAUUUGAAAUUCCUAAGUUUCUUAUGGCUAAUAUUUUCUGCAUUAAUUGCUGAGUCAUGGUGAAGUAUUUCUGGUGACUUUUAAUAUAUUUUAAAUUUCUGAAUGAAAACUAUGCUUUUAACUCUGUUCCCUUGUUUUAGAAACAAAUUUGAGAUACAGACUUAGUAGGAGGUAUUUUAGCUAUAGUAUUGAAGAGUACUGCUAUUAAUUUCUUUUCUAUUUUGUAAUGCCCUUUACAUUUAUGAAGAGAAUGUGCUUAUAUAUGAAAAUGCUUUUCACCCUGCAGAUAAAUAGAACAAGCACUAUUUAUAAGAUUUUUUAAUGCAGUAUCCACUAGGUGGUGAUACUGUGCCACAUUUCAGGGGUUUCUGUACUUAAAACUUAUUGUCUGAGUUAACUUUUUUCUAUAGUUUUAAGUUUUGAUCCACAAAGUAUUUUAUAGCAUCCAUGUCUAUUUUUUAAAAAAUGUUUCCUGAAUUGCAUGAAGCUAGGGUAAAUGUUAAAUUAUUUUUGUUUUGUGCUCACAUACAAGGUGAUUUAACCUAGUAUAUCUUUCCGUGACAUUCUUUUCUUUAUAUGGCAUAUGGUCAAGCUCUCCUCCCACAAGCAGUGAAUGAAGGUGAUGACAAAUUUGAAAACAUAUACAUUGUAUCAGUUACUCUUUUAAGUGCUUUACCCUCAUUUUUUAUGCCUCAUAACAACUCUAUGGAAUCCAUACUGUUGUUAAUAUCCCCACUCUCCACAUGAGGAAACUGAGUAGACUUUAAGUAUUUUGCCCAAGAUUACAAAAUAACUGGCUGAGCUGGGAUUCAAACCUAGGCAAGCUGACACCAGAAUUCAUGUGAACCACUAUCAAUUGGUGGGGGAUCGAAGAGUACAAAGUCUACCUUUAAAUUUGGAGCAUUUUAGAGAGAGAAAUGAUCAUGGAGAAUAUGGUUAUACUCUUUUAUAGACCAGGAAAAUGAGGCCAAUGCUAAUUUUGGCUCUUCCAGAGGCAGAUAAUCUUCCAUCUACUAUUGUGUCUUCCAUUUCUGUUUUUGAUGAUGCCUCAAAGUGCUACAUAUGUGUAAUUGCGAAUUUAAGGGAGAAAAAAGAAAACAACUCAGGAUUGGAGUCUUCAGCCAUAUUAAUUUACAUGGCAGUAAAUAUCUUUGUUUUAAUUGGAAUGAUUGCAGCUACCAAUUGGAGGAGCACAGUUGUUUGAAAAUUGAUACUUAAUUUCUCCAAGGAGACUCCUAUUUGGAAGCAAACUGUCAGUUAAACAUGGAAUACUUUGGAAUUUUUCAAAAAAAUUUGAGUGGAAAAGUUUAAUCUUUUUAAAAAAAAUCUAUAAAUAUAUAUUCUAGAUGCUUUUGUUUUGUUUUUGUUAGAUACCAUUCUAUAAAAUGUUUUUUACUUCUAAAAUUAUGUUGUUCAUGUCAUUUAAAAUGGAUUUUUAAGUAAGUCUGUUCUUUAUAGGAA